GAUACACCAAACGACCGUUAGGAUUGAAAGUGUUACUCGGUUGAAUUAAACACAACAACAGUCGUUUUGUGAAUAUGCGUUAAAAUUCAAUAAUCCGCGAACAGUUUUUAAUCUUUUCGCACACGUUUUGUUACAUUUGAUAUUUACACGAUGGAUGAUAAAGAGGGAUAUGGCGAAAACGAGCCUGACGACUGCGAUAGCCCGUCGGAUCGGUGGUCUUUCGCGUCAAAUUGUGAUAAAUUCAUGUCUAUCAAAUUCAAAAGCCGUUUGGGACGGAGAAGACUUGGUGAAAAUCCGUUGAAUUCGAAUAGAGGAUUGAAAUCCAGUAUUAGGAGUUGGCAAAUUAAUGCACCCAUUCAGUCUAUUGAAAAUUAUCAAACUCCUUCACUGACACAUCCUCAGAGUCAGCAUAAACAAGAUAAUGUUUUAGACAAUUCAUACCAAAUGCUCGGUAUCCAAAGCAAUAAACCAAAAGAUGACAUUUGUUCAAUUUCUGAAAGGCUGACUGAUCAGAAAAAAUCCAGUUUGCAAAAGUAUCUUACAGGAGCUUCGCCUUUCAGAUCAUUGGAUAACUUACAGCUUAAUUCAGAAUCAGAUCAUCUCAGUAAGAACAACCAUAAAUAUUUUCCUACAAAAAAUGAUAUGGACAUUUCUUACAUUAACAAUUCUUUCACUAGCUUGAAUAAAAACGUUCCAAUGAAUUCCAGUGUAAAGCAAGAUGUAACAAAUAAUUCUUCAUCUUCAGAUCUUGGUAACGACUCAUUUGUCACCGCACACAUUAAUGUUAGCCAACCUGUGGACGCCCAAGAAAAACCAAGUGGAUUUGAUUGUAUUGCUAUAAAAACACCAGGGAAGCAGUUGGCCUCUUUCAAAAUAAUGAAUUCACCCAUAGAUCCAUUGGCAGGUAUAUUUCCCGAUGAUGUAGAUAGUGUAAAAGCAGAUGAGACGCCAAAGAGACAGACUGAAAAUGGAGACUUAAAUGGCCAAAAACUAUCAUCUCUCACUAUAAAUAAUGUUAAAGAGCAGGAAUUAUCUACAAAAAAUAAGGGUAUCGAAGGGUAUAGAUCUAAUUCUUUUAAGGAAAUUCCAAAUCAAAUUACCCAAAUCAAAACAGACACUUGCACUGAUGAAAAGAAACCUGUUCAUAACGGUGAUUAUGUUUUUAAAAGGCCUAAUUCUCUUUUUAAUGAAUGUAUGUCAAAAAUCCCAACUGAGCAGAAACAGGAGAAUUGUUUUAAAUCAAAUCCAAGUAUAUUUCAACAAGAAAGAAAAAUGCCUAUUUAUGGUCAAUCUGCAUCAGAUAUGUCAAAUAAAGACCUUUUAAAAAUCAAAUCUAAUACAGAGAUUGAUUCUAAGAUUCAAUCAGUUUCAAGAGAACUCACAGAUAAUCAAAGCAAAACAGAAAGAAACGGUCCUAAGACGUUAGAACGAUCUAACAGUCAUUAUGACAGUUCAAAUCCAAACCAUGCAAAACCGCAGUAUUGCUAUCAAAAUUCAACAAACGGGAGCAACCAUGCUUCAUUUCCAGACGCCAAUACACCUCACAAGCUUGAUUUUCCUUAUCAAAGAUUUAAUUCUACCCCUAAAACAGUGGUGUCGACGAACAUGAACAAUACAAAUGAAGCGACUGUCAUUCAUCAAACUCAAGAAGUACAAAAACCUGCAAUUCAGCAGACAAGUACCCCUUAUCAUGCCAUGCUUUCCCAAAUUAAUAAAACAAAAAAGGAAACAAAAGAAGAUAUUUACAUCAAUAAUAUACCUUACAGGGUUCUGACAUUAUUAGGAAAAGGAGGCUCUAGCAAAGUGUACCAGGUAUUAGGACCAAACAGUAAUUUACUUGCUAUAAAGUGUGUUAACUUGGCUACAGCUGAAGAAUUCAUAGCUAAAGGAUAUUUAAAUGAAAUCGAGCUGCUUUCAAAACUUCAGGGAUGCCCCAGUGUGAUUCGUAUGUUCGAUCACGAGUUCGUUCAAGUGUCCAAAAUGCUCUACGUCGUGAUGGAAAUAGGCGACAUUGAUUUUUCAAAGCUUAUAAAAAAUAUUAACGAAACCAAAAAAGUAUCGAUGCCUAUGAUAUUUUACUAUUGGACUGAAAUAUUGCACGCUGUCAAAGCAAUUCACGAACAAGGAAUUAUUCACUCGGAUUUAAAACCUGCAAAUUUCUUACUCGUGAAUGGUAGAUUGAAACUAAUCGAUUUUGGAAUCGCUUCGUCCCUCCAAGGAGAUAUGACUAGUGUUUUAAAAGAUGUCACUACGGGAACUUUUAACUACAUUAGCCCAGAAGCCAUAACAACAUCUGGCGAAGGGGCGGGUUAUAAGAUAACUUACAAAUCUGACAUUUGGUCUCUUGGAUGCAUUUUGUACAACUUGCUGUACGGCCGGACUCCGUUUUCACAUUUAACACAAGCUUGGGCUAAACUUCAAGCGAUCGCGGAUCCAAACAUAAAGAUCUCAUACCCGAAACUGCCCACAGAACCGCCGCUAACUUUAAUGCUGUCUCUUCGACUCUGCCUUUUGAAAGAUCCAAAGGCGAGGCCCACCGCAAGUGAUCUCUUGCAAAUAUCCGAAUAUUCUCCAUUUUCUGAGAAAUCCCUUGGAAAAUACAUCCGCCAAUCGAUGUCCGAACAUCUAAUGCAGGUGUUGCCCAAUCUAAGCAAGACUAUAUCGGAGAUGGUCCAUUUAAUCGAAGAAGACAGAACAUAACAUUAUUUUUAUGUGGUUCUCUAUAUAAAAAAAUUGUAAAUAUACCUUGUAAAACUUUUUAUUCAAAAUUUUAAGGACUGGAAAUAGUUCAUUAAACUAAACAAAUAUCUAGGUUUAUUAUUCACAGUAAUAAACUGAUAGCCAGGCUUAUUAUCCACUAGUUAUAAGCCGAUCAGUUAAAUUUGUAGAUAUAUUUAUAAACAAAUACUUUUAUAUAUAUAUUCUUUUAUAUGAGAUUCUUGUUAAUCAAAAGAU